AUGGCCGAAUCAACAGCCAUCUCCACUGGCGUGGACAUCGAAAAGAGCAAACAUGUGGACCCAACCAUGGAGAAGCAUGCCCACGACGCCGACGAGGCCAUGAAGGCCGUCGACGAGAUGCGUGGCGAAGCCCUCGAACUAGACGAACCGACCAACCGCCGCCUCCUACGCAUCAUCGACUGGCACAUGAUGCCCAUCAUGUGUGUCAUCUACGGAAUGAAUUAUCUAGACAAGACGACCCUGUCCUACGCGAGCGUGAUGGGAAUCAAAGACGAUCUCCACCUUGAAGGAGAUCAGUAUCAGUGGCUAGGCAGUCUGUUUUACUUUGGAUAUCUGGCCUGGGAAUACCCGACCAAUCGUCUACUCCAGCGCCUCCCACUAGGUAAGUAUUCGGCAGCAUGCAUUCUAGUCUGGGGCUCGAUUCUGUGCUGCUUUGCUGCCGUGUCGAAUUACCCCGGCGCCAUCGCCAUUCGCUUCAUGCUCGGUGUAUUCGAAGCAGCUGUCACGCCGGGCUUUGCCCUGUUGACAUCCCAGUGGUACACGAAAUACGAACAAGGCAUCCGCGUCAACAUCUGGUUCAGUUUCAACGGGGUAGGCCAGAUUCUCGGCGGCGUAGUCGCCUAUGGCAUCGCGGUCGGGACCGCAAAGCAUGGCUCGUCCAUCGAGCCGUGGAAGAUCAUCUUCCUCGUCACGGGCCUGCUGACCGUCUGUCUGGGUCUGGUGUUCUUGUGGAUAGUCCCCGACAACCAGCUCAAUGCGCGGUGGCUGAAGAAAGAAGAUCGCGUGCUGGCCAUCGCCCGUGUCCGGAUUAACCAGCAGGGAAUUGGAAAUAAGCAUUUCAAACUGUAUCAGGUGAAAGAGGCACUGAUGGAUCCCAUGACCUGGGCGUUCUUCUUCUUCGCCAUUAUUGGGAAUAUCCCGAAUGGCGGCAUCACCAACUUUUUCAGCCAGUUGAUCAAAGGAUUCGGCUAUAGCGAGACGCAAAGUCUCAUUCUCGGCGUGCCAGGUGGCGCCGUCGAGGUCAUCGCCCUCCUUCUGAACGGGUACAUUGGCCAUAUCACGAACCAGCGCAUUCUCACCAGUCUCGGGGGGCUGGUCGCCUCGAUCGUGGGGAUGUUACUUAUCGUAGCGCUUCCACUGGAGAACCAUGUCGGUCGCUUGAUCGGUUACUACCUCACGCAAGCGAGUCCGACCCCCUUCGUCGCCUUACUUUCCCUAGUUUCGUCGAAUGUGGCUGGAUACACGAAGAAAACGACCGUGGCGGCGUUCUAUUUAAUCGGAUACUGUGUGGGGAACAUUAUCGGCCCACAAACCUUCCGUCCGAAAGACGCCCCCCGCUAUGUCCCCGCCGAAGUGACUAUCAUUGUCUGCUGGGGCGUGUGUCUCUUUCUGCUGGGUGGUGUGUGGAUGUGGUACCGUCGGGAGAACCGACGGAAGCAGCUGCACACUGCUGGGGAUUAUGUGCGGUUGGAGAAUCAAGAGUGGCUUGAUCUGACGGAUCGGGAGAACCCCGAGUUCCUGUACUCGCUGUGA